UACGGUGAGUCACGUGUCCUGCAGUUCGGCUGGCGUCACCUGACAAGUCGUACUGUUUUGUUUACCUGCGGUUUCGGUGGCGUUUCCACGGAUGAAUGAAUGCAGCGCUAUGGUUCAGCUCGGAGAAACAUGGUAGUGGUCAACUCGGUGCUGAAGCUGCUGCAGAGGCAGACCUACACCUGUCUGUCCCACAGAUACGGACUCUACCUGUGCUUCGGCGGCAUCGUCCUCAUGAUCGUGUCCGCCUUCCAGUUCGGCGAGGUGGUGGUGGAGUGGAGCCGGGACCAGUACCAUGUUUUGUUUGACUCCUACAGGGAUAAUUUGGGUGGGAAAUCCUUUCAAAGCAGACUCUGCCUGCCCAUGCCGAUAGACGUGGUGUACACGUGGGUCAACGGCACGGACACGGCUCUGCUGCGGCAGCUGAAGGUGGUCAAGGAGCGGCUGGAGGAGGAACAGAGGCUUCUGAGGGAACGUUUGGGAAAGAAUUCCAGCGCCACGACCGAGGCUCCUAAGAACAGUGUGAAGCCAGAAUGCCUGCUGUCCCACUGCAUCGUGGCCCCCAUGCUGGCCCUGGAUCCAGCCCUCUCAGCCAACGUCACCGCCAAAGACCUGGCUUCAAUAUCGCCGUCUUUCUCUGCUGCCAAGGAGCUCCUCACCAUGAACAAGCCCUUCCACCCGUCCACCAGCGUCUCGCUGCUGGUCUUCUCCUCGCAGACUGAAGCUGUCCGAGCCUUUUCUGACGUUUCGAAGGAGCAUCACAAGUUUUCCGUGUCCAGGUGUUACUUGACUACAGACAAAGAUGCUCCGGGUCUGAUCCGGAUGCAGACCUUCGCCUACCUCAGCGGCUUCCCUGCCACCUUUAAAGAAACGGAGUCACUGCGAGUCAAACUGCCCUCCGGCAUCACUGACAGGAUCAAGCAGUUCGAGCUGUACUCCGAGGCCAGCAUCGCUCUGCUCCACCUGAAGAGCCAGCAGGACUUCACAGAUCUGAGCCAGCAGGCCCGGAAAAAUCUGACUCUGGACGGGAAGGAGCUGAGCGUCAGCCCCGCCUACCUGUUCUGGGACCUCGCCGCCAUCUCACAGUCCAAGCAGGAUGAGGACGUGUCCGCCAGUCGCUUCGAGGACAACGAGGAGCUGCGCUACUCCCUGCGCUCGGUGGAGAAGCACGCCCCCUGGGUGCGGCACAUCUUCAUCGUCACCAACGGGCAGAUCCCCUCCUGGCUCAACCUGGAUAACCCUCGCGUCACGGUGGUCACUCACCAGGACGUCUUCAGGAACCUCAGCCACCUGCCCACCUUCAGCUCCCCGGCCAUCGAGACUCACAUCCAUCGCAUCCCAGGCCUCUCACAGAAGUUCAUCUACCUCAACGAUGACGUGAUGUUUGGUAAAGACGUGUGGCCAGACGACUUCUACAGCCACUCCAAGGGUCAGAAGGUGUAUUUGACAUGGCCUGUGCCCAACUGUGCUGAGGGCUGCCCCGGAUCCUGGAUCAAAGACGGUUACUGUGACAAAGCAUGCAACAACUCGGCCUGCGACUGGGACGGAGGAGACUGCACAGGAGCGGCAGCCAACAGCCGCUUCCCGGCCGCAGGGGGCGCCGGCGCUCUGGCUGGAGCCGGAGCUCAGAUGUGGCAGUUCGGUGGAGGUCUGGGGGGUGUGUCCUACUGUAACCAGGGCUGCGCCAACUCCUGGUUAGCUGACAAGUUCUGUGACCAGGCCUGCAACGUACUCAACUGUGGCUUCGACGUGGGAGACUGUGGCCAAGAUCACUUCGGGGAGCUGCACCGAGUCACCCUGCUGGAGCACCAGGACCUCUACACACUCCCGGUGGGAGAGCUGCGGCCGUAUUUUAGCUUCAGCCAGCUGGCGCGCAGGAUUUCCCAGGCCCACGUCAGCGACAACCCGGUGGUGCGGCACACGUCGGUGGCCAACAAGUGGAAGACCGUCCACCUGCUGCUGCUCCCCGGCUACAACUCCACCCAGGUCCAGUACAACUUCACCUUCCAGAGGGAGGACGACACAGAGUUCACGAAGAGGAUCACCGUGGUGGUGGACACGCGCGCGCUGCCCAAGGCCAACGCCACUCACGCUCCCAAGGAGCCGGAGCCGACCCCCACCCUGGAGCCCGCCUUCGUCUUCCCCGAGGUCCCGGAGGCCCGCAGAGGUCCGAAGGUGGUCCGGAGUCAGAUCGCUGAUGCGGCUGUGGUCCAGGUUCCCGCUCUGAAUGAGUCGCUGCUGCCCGACGUGGUUCGGGUGGAGCUGCGCAAGCUGCAGGAGAAGCUUCGGAGUGGCGACAUCACAUUGAAGGGUUUCAACCUCACCAAGGCAGAGCUGCUCAGGUCCUACAGCGCAGCGCCACGACCUCCCUCAGACCCGGCUCCUCCCCGGCAGUUCACUGUCAACCCCGUCAUCGUGAGGCCUCGAGCCUUCAAGUUCCUGAGCAACAUUUCCAAAGUCAAGAGUGCAGAGAGCCACCCGGGAGCGGCGCCGGUGGGGAGGAGGCUCCAGCACUACGUCUCUGCUGACCGCGGCUUCCUGCCUUGGGAGAGGAGGAAGCUCUUCCAGCAGCUCCUGGACGAGGAAGAGCACCUGAAGCGGGAGCUCCAGUACCGGAGUGACGGCGCCGCCACGGCACGCCGCCUGAAAGACACUUUCGCCGACUCACUGCGCUACGUCAACAAGUUGCUCAACGGCCAGUUUGGCUUCACGUCCCGGAAGGUCCCGGCCCACAUGCCGCACAUGAUCGACAGGCUCAUCAUGCAGGAGCUGCAGGACACGUUCCCAGAGGAGUUCGACAAGACGUCGGCACACCGCGUGCGCCAUCCCGAGGACAUGCAGUUCGCCUUCUCCUACUUCUACUUCCUGAUGAGCACGCAGCAGCUGCUCAACGUCUCCGACGUCUUCGAGGAGAUCGACACGGACCGCUCGGGGAUCCUGUCGGACCGGGAGAUCCGGACUCUGGCCACCAGGAUUCACGAGCUGCCGCUCAGCCUGCAGGAUCUGACUGGUCUGGAGCAGAUGCUGAUCAACUGCUCCAAAACGCUCCCCGCCAACCUGACCGAGCUCCACCUCUUCAACCCCACCCAGGAGGCCUACUACGACCCCAGCAUGCCUCCUGUCACCAAGGGCCUCAUCCUCAACUGCAAGCCCAUCACUGAGCGCAUCCAGAAGGCCUUCCGAGACCAGAACAAAUACCAGUUCGAGAUCAUGGGCGAGGAGGAGAUCGCCUUCAAGAUGGUGAGGACCAACGUGUCCCACGUGGUGGGCCAGCUGGACGACAUCAGGAAGAACCCAAGGAAGUUCAUCUGCCUGAACGACAACAUCGACCACAGCCACAAGGACGCGGCCACCGUCAAGGCCGUGCUCAGGGACUUCUACGAGUCCAUGUUCCCGCUGCCCUCGCAGUUCGAGCUCCCCAGAGAGUACCGCAACCGCUUCCUGCACAUGGACGAGCUCCAGGAGUGGCGACUGUACCGGGACAAGCUCAAGUUCUGGACCCACUGUGUCCUGGUGACCCUGGUGGUCUUCACCGUCAUGUCCUUUUUUGCAGAGCAGCUGGCGAUGCUGAAGAGGAAGCUGUUUCCUCGACGGAGGGCGACCCAGGACCACCACCCGGAGCGAGUGUGAGGAGGAGGCCGUCCCCCUGUCGAUGUUCGCUCCCGUGUCUUUGUGUUGAGGGCGAGACGGCGAAGACACUCGACCGUGGACGACCAGCAGCGACUCCGUCACCUGCGCUGGACUCCUACUGACCCCGCAGUGGCGGGUCCUGCCGGCGGGCUGCGAGCCGGCCUCAGAAAUGAAGACAGUCCUGUGGUCGCCGGUCCGGUCCGGUGGGCGAGCGGCGCCAGACGCUCCUCGCUUUUCUUACAGUCGGACAGAAUCAUUUUUGUCACUCGUGUACGAAUCCGGAAACUUGAAGUGCCUUCCUUUCUAAGAUCCGCUGUCGAUGCCUCCGUGUCGUGUCCUCGCGCGGGCGGGACUUUUACUCGCGUGGUCCUCGGACCCACUUCUGUCUGAAAUUCAGACCCGUCUUCUAAUUUAUUCUUGUCGUGGUGAAGAAAUAAA